ACAAUUAACGGAGACGCUUCUUUCAGGAACUUGAUACAGCUACGCUGCAGAUGAAUGGAGGAGUGCAUCCAGCAUUGUGUUAAACCAUGACAAAUGGAGGGAAUGAAUAAACAGAUUAUUUUGGCUAUAAAGAAGAAUGACGUGGAAAAACUUCUACAGAUAGCAGUCAUGCCUGGAUGUGAUGUUAACUAUGUUUCUACCAGAAAACUCACCCCGCUGCUGUAUGCUUGUAAACAAGGUGGUGUAUCUACCCUCCUCAUAGAAAAGCUUGUAGCUUGUGGUGCUGAUAUUGAGUACAAGGACAAGGAGGAAAAGACUCCAUUCUUCCAUGCUUGUGCCAAAGGAAAUAGGGAGCUUAUCCGUACCCUAAUUAGGAUAGGCUGCAACAAAAACAAGCCCAAUAUACAUGGUGACCGACCAAUACACGAGGCAGUGAUACAUGGUAACACAGAGGCAGUUCUAGAACUUUUGGAUCAAGGCAUUGAUAUCAAUGAGGGUAACCGAAUAACUGGUCACACUCCGCUGCACCUGGCAGUGUUACAUGAGCAGACAGAUAUGGUUGAAUUACUCCUACAGAAGGGAGCCCCUCCUGACAAAGCUACAUCAGAGGGAGAGUCAGCUUUACAUUACGCUGUUCAGAUAUCCUCUCCUCGAAUUAUUAAACUCCUUGUUGAAAAUGGUGCAGAAAUAGACAAAUUCAACAACUGUGGUGAGACACCUUUUAUUAUAGCUGUCCAGGAAGAACGAAUCAAACAUGCCCGGACACUGGUGAAUGGUGAUUGUGAAAUGGAAAAACAUCGGUACAGCUCAGCCUUAUGUACUGCCUGUUCAAGGGGUAGUUACAAGAUGAUAAAGUUUUUGCUCUCGGAGGGUUACCCCAUACACAAAGACAGGUCUUUCAUAGCUAGCUCAUUCCUUGUUUUGGAAGAGAAGCAGCCAGAACUGAUGGACUAUCUCCGACAUCGCUGUGUCAAUCCUCUCACCUUAAAAGAGAUGACACGUAUCUAUUUAAGGAGAUGGUUCAAAGGUGACUUGAAAAAUUCCAUCUCAUACACUGGUCUUCCAACUCAACUUCAGCAAUGGGUAGUAUCCGAUAUCAUUUACUGAUUCCAUUCCCAACAUUUUUGUCUUAAAAGCAUCACAUUGCAAAAACUUUCCAUAUUUGACCUAAUUAGCGGACAUUUCCUGCUAAGCUUACCUCCAUCUGUUUCAGAGAAAUAAAAUGGUUGCAUUGACGAGAAUCUACUGUAGACAUCAACAGACAAUUGUGUUAAUUGCUCUUUCGGUGUGUUUUGUAGAAGGAUUUUACAUACAAAACGCAUAUUUAACAAAUACGAAAUAGAAUGAGGAUAUUUAAC